AAAGUCUGCAGAUUAAUGGAACAGUUCAACCAUUCCAGAGUGUCCAGAGUGUCUGAAUUUGUGUUACUUGGACUUACUGAUUCUCCUGAGCUCCAGAGUUUCUUCUUUGUGAUGUUUUCCAUUUUCUAUCUAAUGACCAUGCUGGGCAACUGCCUGAUUUUGCUCACGGUUUUGUCUACCCCACAACUUCACUCCCCCAUGUAUUUCCUGCUCAGCAAUCUCUCCCUCAUUGACAUGUGUCUGUCCUCCUUUGCCACUCCAAAGAUGAUCACGGACUUCUUCACUCAGCGCAAGACCAUCUCCUUUGAGGGCUGCAUUUCUCAGAUCUUCUUAUUGCACCUCUUCACUGGGACUGAGAUUGUGUUGCUGAUCUCUAUGUCUUUUGACAGGUACAUUGCCAUAUGCAAACCUCUCCAUUAUUCAACAAUUAUAAGCCACAGAGUAUGUGUUGGACUUGUGGUAACUUCUUGGACAGUGGGCUUCCUGCAUACAAUGAGCCAGUUAGCUUUUACUCUCUAUUUACCCUUCUGUGGUCCCAAUGUUAUAGACAGUUUCUUUUGUGACCUUCCUUUGGUCAUCCAGCUGGCUUGUAUAGAUGUAUAUGUUCUUGGAAUCUUCAUGAUCUCAAGCAGUGGUGUGAUUGCUCUUAUAAGUUUUCUGCUUUUGCUUACCUCCUACAUCAUUGUUCUUGUUACUAUCAAGGAUCAUUCUUCCACAGGAUCAUCUAAGGCUUUUUCUACCUGCACUGCACAUUUCAUUGUUGUGUUAUUGUUCUUUGGGCCCUGCAUCUUUAUCUAUGUGUGGCCUUUCACAAACUUCCUAGUGGACAAAGUUCUCUCUGUUUUCUACACCAUCUUCACUCCCUUUUUGAAUCCACUUAUCUAUACUUUGAGAAAUCAGGAAGUGAAAACAGCUGUGAUGAAGAAACUAAGUAACCAAUAUUUAAAUCUUAGGAUGACCACGUUAAGAUAUCCAGUGCAAUGAACAGAGAUCUCCUGUCUGAGAUUUAGUAUCAUUAGUUUUGUUCUUGAUGUAAUAGAAAAUUAAACUUAGAAACUGCCUUUCAAGUCAUUUAAUCUAAAAUCAUGAAAAUAAAAAGCCAAGGUUGAGAGAUAUGAAAUAUCUUGCCUAAAAGACAGUGCAGUAUUUGCAAUCCUUUGAGAUUAUAAAGCCAUUUAAAAGCCUGUUGAAAUAUGUGUUGUUUUCAUAGAAAAAUGCACAUACUAUCAAAUUUGUGAACAUAAACUCAGGGCUUUAUAGAUGUGAACCAUAGGAAUGUACUUUAGAUUAAGAUUACUUAGAGAAGCCUAAGAUAAGAUAUUACUCACUUGUCUUUUAACUCAGAACACAUACCACUCAGCUUUACAACCUUGUGGUACUCUGAUGGUAUCCAGAUGUAGAACUCUAAUUUAGAGUGUUGGGCAUAAUAGGGUUUUUCACAGUAGCAGAAUAUUUUCAAGGAAAAAUUGAUGUUGUGAAGAGGUUCUUUUGAAUAUUGUUGAACAAUCUAGAUUCACUGGGUGUAAUUGAGUUCUCGGUCAACUUUCAACAAAAGAGAAUAAUUUGGAGGAUCUGAGAUUUGACAAUGUAGUUUCUUAAUAGAUAUACAAUUGCUACAACACUCCGUAAUUGACAUAGCAGGUAAUUAAUCAAAUGGAAAUUUUUAAAGUUUAAACCAUCAAAACCUUGCUGAAUAUCACAGAUGUGAUGAAUUCACUUAAUACUAAGAUAAAACGUUUGGAAAAUUAUUAACUAUUAAAUUUAUGACAUGUUUUUCAUCUCCAAAUAAAAUAUUCAAAAGUUUUAUUAGUCUUACUAUGCAUUUUGGAUCUCAUUUUCAAUAUAAUAUAAACUGUGGAAAGAAAAGAUGAAAAUAAUUUAACAAAUAUGUAGCAGAAUUCUUCCUAACUUGGUUUAUUACUGAUUAAGUUAAAUAUAUUUUUUAAUUACAAGACAGUCUUUGGAAAUUAACUGGCCAAUACAUUUCCCUAACAGCUAAAGAACCUAAGGCCCAGAGAAUUUACAGAGCUAGCUCAAGGCUGAAUCACUGUAAGAGGCAAAGUUCAUUACUCCAAACAUACAUGGACCUCAUAAUAAAUCUUGGAUCUGUCAUUUCCUAGUUGUGUUAUCCUGGGAGAUUCACUUUACCUCAUUAUCUCUUUUUAAUAUCUAAUACAAGGAUAAUAAAAGUGGAUUAAUUAUUUGUUGUGGCUUUUAUGUAGUGUGGACAGAAUGGAUUAAAAAAAUGUCAUUUCUUCUUUCUUUUCCCAUCCCCAUAGAUUUCUACAUACAGUGCAUCUUAUUUUUAAGUAGUAUGCCUUUGAAUAAUAAUUGCAUUCAGGCCAAACCACUA